AGAAUACACCAUCCAUCUCACAGUAGACAUUUGCCAUUCACUGUGACCGGAUCCACUGUUCAUCAACCUCAACAUCAGCCACAAAGACACGCUACGUACUCAUCCACUGAAGAAUGAACGUAUUCUGGUUCAGAGUAACUCAGAACGGCGAGACUAUCCCGUUCAAAGCAAUUUCACAUAUGAGGAGAAUAAUUUCUACGUGCUAUCUCUCGCCAGUAGUCUCGCUAUAGGAGAAGCCACUCUGGAAAUGAAAAUAUUACUAUCCUCUCGGAGACGGACUAGUGGGAUUCUACAGGAGUUCGUAUCGAGAUUCGAGCGGUGAAACGAAAUGGAUCGCAACUACUCACUUUGAGCCGACCGACGCCCGAAAGGCUUUUCCGUGUUUCGACGAGCCGGCAAUGAAAGCGAAUUUUACGAUAUCGAUAACGCAUUCUAGCGAGUUGAACGCCCACUCUAACAUGCCGGUGAGAGAUGAAGUGUCAGAUGAAGAAGAUGGAUCGACGGUCACCACGUUUUUUGAGACGUCCGUGAAGAUGAGUACUUACCUCGUGGCUUUUUAGUGGUGUCCGACUUAAAUGUAUCACCAGGAAAUCUGACACAGUCUUUCAAGUGAACGUCAGUGUAUGUUCCAACCCUGACGUUCUGAACAACACUCACUAUGCCCUCGAGAAGGCUUCUGAGAUCCUCAAAUUUUACGAGUCCUACUUUGGCAUCCCCUACCCCCUCCCAAAGCAAGACUUGUUUGCUAUUCCGACUUUGCCGCUGGAGCCAUGGAGAACUGGGGACUCAUCACAUACAGAGAGACGGCUCUGCUCUACGACCCGGCAGUCAACCCUGAGACCAGUAAACAGAGGGUGGCCGUUGUCAUCGCUCACGAACUGGCUCAUCAGUGGUUUGUUCACCACAUUUUAUUCAAUUACACAAAACAAAAUGAUUAAUAGACCACAUACACCACUCCUAUAAUGUCUUUCUCACGAUUUCUUCUCUCCUCUCUUUCUCCCUUCCUCCCACUCCCUCUUUCCGCUCUCCCUCUCAGUGGUUUGGGAACCUGGUGACGAUGGAGUGGUGGGAUGGUCCUUUGGUUGAACGAAGGAUUUGCUACUUUCACUGAAUACAUUGGAACUGAUGCAACUGAACCUUCCUUUCCAUAUGCUGGAUGAGUUUCUGACUUCCGACUUGUUCCCGGCGUUCUCAGCCGACGGAGUGAAUGACAGUCACCCCAUCGUAGAGACCGUCUCCAACCCUAAUGAGAUCAACGAACUCUUUGACUCCAUUUCAUACAGCAAGGGGGGUCUGUGCGUGUAGAAUGAUCCGGAAUGUUCUGACAACCAGAUAAUGUUUCACACAGGGAUCAGUCAUACUGGAACAAGUCAAAGUUGGUAUCACGCCAAGACACACAACUAUGGGACGCACUACAAACCGUGUUGAUGAGCCGGAUCUGAAUGUGACGGAGAUAAUGACACACAUGGACACUCCAGAUGGGAGACCCGUUCUACAUGUCGACACAGAGUCAGGACAGGUCACGCAAGAGAGGUUCUUCAUCCUGAAACCAAACGGAACUGUUGCUCCUUCUCCUAUGACUAUGUGUGGUUGGUACCAUUCAACUACAUCACUGAGAAGAACAGCUCCGACAAGUUUGUGGAGGAAGCUUCAGAUCAUUAGAGACAAAGAAGUGAAGCUGAGUUUCCCAGCCAACUCGGGGUUCAUAAAGGUCAACAUCAACCAGACUGGAUUCUACCGGGUGAACUACGACCUCUCUAAUUGGUAUGACAUCAUCGCUCAUCUCCGCAGCAACCCAAACUCAGAGGUUUUAAGUCCAGAGACCGAGCUGGUCUACUAGAGGAUGCAUUUGGGCUCUCCAGUGCUGGUCUACUGGACACGCGAGUGGCUCUGAACCUGUCUCAGUACAUCAGAGAUGAGACUGAGUAUGUUCCCUGUCUCACUGGCCUCUCCCAGCUGACCUCUCUGGGAAAUAGACUCAGUCUCACUCCUGUCUAUGGAUUAUUCCAGGAGUUUGUGAGAAAUCUGACGUCAGAUUUUGCUGAGAUAUACACCUUCAACAGAACCAACCUCACCCACAUACAGAUUUUCAUGAGGACUUCAGUACUGAACACAGCCUGGGCCAAUGGUAAUGAUGAUGUCAUCGACACUGCCACUCAACUCUUCCAGAACUGGAUGAGAUUCAACCAGACGGUGGAUGCGGACCUGAAGUCGGUGGUGUACCCAGUAGGAAUAGCCUACGGAGGAGAGGAGGAGUGGGAGUUUGUCUGGGACCAGUACCUCUCCUCCUCUGAUCCCUAUGAGAAGAGGCUCUUCCUCAGUGCCCUCGGCAUGUCCCGCAUUCCAUGGCUACUCAGUCGCUACCUGGAGUAUUCCAUAGACCCCAGUAAAGUCCGCACACAAGACACCACAACUGUCAUUGCCUACGUGUCAGGCAACGUCUACGGUCGAUAUCUAUCGUGGAACUUUGUCAGGAACAACUGGAGUCUGUUCUUGGAGCGGUAUGGUGGAGGUUCUUUUAGCUUCUCGCGACUGAUAAAGUACGUGACUGGAAGUUUCACAACAGAGCUGGAGCUGAAAGAGGUGGAGAGGUUCUUUAGUGAGCAGGGGGACCAAGGGAGUGGGGCUCGGGCAGUCAGACAGGCCCUGGAGGUGAUACAACGGAACAUUCUCUGGCUGGAGACCAACCAAAACCUCAUCCAAAACUGUCUUUCUGACACUCAGUCUUGUUUCUCUUCCUCUCUCUCAUGAUGACUAUGUAAUGUGUAUUUAUGAUCUCGCUAGCUUAUGAGUCAGAAUACUCAUGUUGGAUAAGAGCUCAUUUCCGCUGCCUAUAGUCGUGUAGUGCACUUGCCCAGCAAGCAAGAGGUGGUGGGUUAAAAUCCACUGGUAGCUAGAGCUGAUUUUUCUUCCUUUCUUGCGUGAUCGCUGAUAAAUGGA